AUGAACGAAGCAAAGAGGAGAGUCUGGGAGCAGCGGCUAGGAGUAGAAGCUGGAGAGGGGUGCCGCUUGGACGAGGAGAGACGACGUGUGGCUGGGAGGAGAAGCUGGAAGAAGAAGAAGAAGGAGGAGGAGAGGCUGGGAGGCAGUGCGGCUGGGAGGGUACGGCCGGGAGAGGAGGCUGGGAGUCGAAGCUGGGAGGCGGAGAGACCGAGAGGAGGAGGAGGAGUAGGAGAGGCUGGGCGGUGCAGCUGGGAAGGCGGUACGACUAAAAAGAGGACUUGCGCAACCCCGCAUUUGGGCAGCAGGACGUACAUUCCCACGGUGUUUGAAAACUACACGGCAAGUUUUGAGAUCGAGAAGCAGCGAAUCGAGCUCAACAUGUGGGACACGUCUGGGGCCCCCUACUACGACAACGUGCGUCCGCUCGCCUACCCGGACUCGGACGUCGUCCUCAUCUGCUACGACGUGGCUCGGCCGGAGACACUGGACAGCGUGCUCAAGAAGUGGCGGGUGGAGAGCCAUGAGUUUGGCGCAAGCACCAAAGUCCUGCUCAUCGGCUGCAAGGCUGACCUUCGCGCGGACCUGCAGACCUUGCUGGAGCUGUCCAAGCAGCGGUGCAUCCCUGUUACGCAGGAGCAGGGCGCCGCCGUGGCGCGGCAGCUCGGCGCGGCCGCCUACGUGGAGUGCUCGGCGAAGCUGUCGGAGGACAGCGUGCGCGACGUCUUCCACAUGGCCACCCUGGCGGCGCUCGGCCGCCUGCCGCGCUACCUCGUCCGGCGCAGCCACUCGCGGCGCGAGACCGCGUCGGCCACCCGCACGCCCCCCUCGUCGCCGUCCGCCGCCGCCGCCGCCGCCGCCUCCGCCGCCUCCGCCGCCUCCUCCGCCGUCGCCUCCUCCUCCUCCGCCGCCUCCUCCGCCGAGGGGCAGCGGGCGGCGCGGCACCCGCGCAGGGAGCGCGCCAAGAGCUGCGCGGUGAUGUGAACCCGGCCGUGGACGGCGCCACGAGCGCCGCUGUCGCCACUUGCGCCGGGAGCGCCCGGCGUCGCGGGCCGCAUGCCGCCGGCGACUGCCGUGACCGCCGCUAACUUCCCGAGACCGCCGCGAGCGAUUUUUCUGUCUGCCCGCCCGGGGAGCAAUUGAGUUUGUCGUCUAGCGUGGCCCCGGUGAGGGACGAGGGUAAACUUCCACCUCCCCAUUGGCCUCCUCCCCGUUUAAGAAUAUUCACUGCUUGUGAUCGUGAAAAUACAACCAUCCCGAGAAUAACAAUGGCCUUGUUUGGAAAGAAUGUGCGCGGUGGUUGGGGCAUCGUGCGUGCGAGCAGGCGUUCCUCUCCUCCAAAAAAACUCGGGAGUAGUUCUCCAAAGAUGGAGCGUGUUGCCAUGUUAUACAGCUGCCUUGAGAAGUCGUUUGUUUUGAUGGUUGAGUGUCGGGCACCUGGAGCCGGAGACUCUGGCAGUUGCAGGUCAAGGAGUGGACGCCAGCCUAAGCGAAGGACAUUCUGCGUGCGGUACAGACUCGCACCCCCAUUGGGAACGGAAGAGUGUGGAAAGACAAAAAACGUCAAAUCCGUGCGAAUGUGCGUCUGCUACUCUUGAAAAAAAAAGUGCAAUAGUUGAGACUGAAGUAACUCACGAAUAACAGCAAGAGAAAAUUAAUCGGUCACGUGUCUUCACGAGUUGUUGUGUAAUCUAUCACGAGCUACGUAACGUCCAAAUGUAUCAGUAGCGGUAACUGUUGUUUGGCGUGGGUCACUGUGAUAACUCUAAUGCGAUGAGUUGUAAUUUAUUUCCGAAUCUGUAAACAAUUCGAUUUGAAUUCUUUUUUGUUGAACACGGUGUUUCGCCCUCUGGACAGUAACAGUUUGAUUACGGCAGAAGCAAAAUCAGCAUUCGGCAUUUUAUCUUCGGAAAGUUGUACGCAUUUUGUCAUCUUGAAAAAACAACAUACAGCGUGACAUUUUUAUUUUGGGGUCGAAGUACGUGUAAUAAGUGCUUUUUAUGUCUGUUAAAUGGUUUCUAAAUAAAUGCUUAAUUUGCAA